AUGGGGAGAAGUGCUCUAAGCCAUGGCGAUUUUCACAAGCUUCCGCGGCGCAAGCUCCAGCAGCUGUGCAAGAAGCACGGAAUCCCAGCGAACAAGACGAACAGAUUCAUGGCGGAUGCGCUGUCGAAGAUUUCCAUGGAGGAGAUUGAUGAAGAAAUUGAGGUAGAACAAGAGGUGCGCGGUGGCUCGGAGACACAAUCGGAGGCUACAGAGGUGGACAAGCAAGUCGAAGGCAGUGAGGAGCGUGUGACAAACUCGCUUCUAAGUGAUUCUGGGAAGAUUGCUGUGAGUAAUGGAGUUAAGAGCCCUAUAGAAAUGGGAAAUCAAGCAGCUUUGGAGAUGGAUCCACAGAAUAUGCGGCCAAGUCCACAAGCGCUCGACCAUAGGAACAGCGAGAAUGUGGAGGAUCUUUCACGCGGUUCUGGGGACGGGAUAAUCGAGGAUAAGGAAGAGUUUUCUCAACGUCCAACUCCACAAGGUCACAACGUCGAGUUAUACAUGGACGAUGUUCCAGAAGUCCUUCAAGACGGGCAAAGCGAGAAUAUGGAUUGCUGUGAGCUCUCAAGUCCAGAAGUUAUUGUGGACAGCCCGCAGGAUGACCCAGAAGUAGCAGACUCGACCGCUCGAGUAGAAACCGAAAACGCGGCGUCCAACAACACAUCCAUAAAAGCAAGACACUGGAAGGAGAUGGUUGAACGAGCAACGAGGAAAGCUAGGCACAAAGAUCACUAUAAAGAAGUACCUUUUAUGAAGAGGAUGCUAGCAAACAGGAGUCUAGUGAGAGCGAGGCUCAAGAGAACCGAGGUUCUGACGCAGCGGAGGAUAAAAAGCGUCGACAUGGUGCAGAACGACGAAGUGUUACGGCCAAGAUCAAGCAGUGAGGUGAACACAAGAGGAGAGCUACGUAAGGAGCAGCCAGUGUUUGGAAGGAAGAGGUUUAUGGAGAAGGCGAUGGCAGAGUCCGCGAAGAAAAUGACCGAGAAGAGAGGUGCGGCAGCUUCGCCGUUGAGGAACAUAUCGAACCAGCUCAGUGUCCGCGAUCAAGCCAGUGCUCCAGUGGAUAGUCCAGCAAAUCGAGACGCUCCACGAAGAACACCCGUCAGCCUCUGUGGAGGAAAGGUCGCCAGUGUUCACAGAAGACACCAGGCACAAUUCAAGACUCCUCUCUUGGGAAAGUCUCAUCAGAAGACGUUGUCGGCUGUUUCCAAGAUGGCAGCGCUGCAGCGAAACGAGAUCUUGAGCUCCAGACGACGCAUGUUUGACAAGGAGGUGGAAAGCUAGGCUCCUCAAAAAAAUCAGUGCCUGCAACUACUCUAAAGGCAAAAGAAACUGACCAAGCCGGGAUACAAGUUGUGUGCCAUCUCCCAAAACAUCUCUCCACAAGAAUCCACAGCAGCAUCGUCCGAGCCGACGAGGUCAGAGAAGAGACGAGCAUACACGGCCUUGAUGAGAUCAGCGACGAUCUUCAUGGAAUGGAUGGCCAGCUCCUCCGCUUUGUCGGGGCACUUAUCGGGAUUGCACGACUUGACUGGAAAUGCCGGCAAGACGAACUCGAGUGGAAUAUUCCUUGCGACGUGGUACCUCGUCCUGUCUGCGAACCUCUGUUUGCCUCCGCUGGUGAACCACUGGCCGUGCUUUGGGAAGUGGAUGUCAUUCUGCUCAGCGAUGUCCACAACUUGGGAGGUGAUCGCUCGAUGUCGCCACCUUUUGAGGUAUGUGCGAGCUGAAGGGCUCCAGAAACUCCCUGGUCAUGGCACUGUUUUCCAGCAGGAGAGAACUCAUGCUCUUGCUAGCCUCCUGGAGACUGGGAUCCUGGAUGAAAACCACGCCCUCAAAUUCUAAAAGUAUCUCUCGUAGAGUGUGGCUUCCCACGA